AAUUAAAUUUAAGUUAAUUGCAGCUGAGAAAUAAUCUCCAUCACCCAGAAGACUAAAUUCGAACCCAAGAAUAAUGUAUGGGGGCUCCGGAAAGCUCGGCCGAGGCGGCGGAGGUGGCCGAGGCGGUGGCGCCGGGGCCAAGCGUAAUAUUCACUCCACUUUCCAUCCCCCACCUCUUCACCGCCCACCCUCCGCAGCUGCCCCAGGUGGGCGGCUCUCCAUGGGCGGCGCGGGAGCUGGAGCUGGCCCCCGCAACCGGACUGCUUCUGCCUCGGCCGGAGCUGCUGCUGGUGCUGCCUCGUCGUCGUCUGCGUCUGCGUCUGCGGAGGAGUCGUUCAGCCUUGUCACUGGGAACCCUUUGAAUUUCGCUAUGAUUAUUCGGCUGGCGCCGGACUUAGUUGAGGAGAUCAAGCGAGUGGAAUCUCAAGGGAGCGUGGCACGGAUCAAAUUUGAUGCCAAUGCUAAUAAUCCUGCGGGAAAUGUUAUAAAUGUGGGUGGUAAGGACUUCAGAUUUACAUGGUCGCGAGAGACAGGAGAACUUUGUGACAUAUACGAGGAGCGCCAAAGUGGUGAAGAUGGUAAUGGCUUACUUGUAGAAUCAGGGGGUGCUUGGCGAAAGCUUAAUGUGCAGCGGGUUUUGGAUGAAUCAACUAAAAAUCAUGUUAAAAAGCUUUCAGAGGAAGCCGAACGGAAACUUAAAUCGCGCAAAGCAAUUGUUCUAGACCAUGGAAAUCCUUCUAUGAAAAGUCAAAUGAAGGCACUAGCUGCUGCUGAGAGUAAUCCUUGGAGAACAAAAGGAGCUCCUUUCAAGAAGCGGAAUGCUGAGCCACCUCCAGGAGGGCCCCCAAAAUCUGUUCAUAAAUCUGGUUUGACUACAACACCACCUUUAAAGAGCAGGCGCCCAGCUUCACCUCCAUCCUCUCCACCUGAGCAAUCAGGUGCUCCAGGAUCUCCAUUUGGAAGUGGCAAUAUUACGAAGGGACAUGGAAAUGUUGAAGAUUUCGGGUCUCUUCAAGCAACGAGUAGAACUGUUAGCUCUGACAAUGAUGCUACUGGCAAGGUGAUUACUAGUGCUGGCAGGGGGAAACCAGCGCAGAAGGGAAUAAAAGGGGCUCAACCCUCUGAUCUGCGUAGUAUGCUGAUUUCUCUUCUUAGGGAAAGUCCUUCAAAGGGAAUGAGCCUUAAGGCCUUAGAGAAAGCCAUUGGAGAUACAAUUCCAAAUUCAGUGAGACAGAUUGAGCCCAUUCUGAAAAAAAUUGCCACAUUUCAAGAUUCAGGCAGAUAUUUCUUAAAACCAGGAGUUGAAAUAGAAGGCUUCAAGAAAGCUUCAUCUGGUAAUCAAAGUUCCCCUGAAGAUAGUUACCAUCAAUCACCUGCCCAAGAUGACCGACAAGCUGCUCCAGACACAAGCUUUCCCUUGAGAUCUGAUGCCAAUGAAAUGGAUGAACAGGCUGAAUUGGAUUUUAAGAAUGAAGCAGCACAUAUAUCACAAGAAAAAGGUGUAUUACAUCAUUCAUAUCUUUUUGGGGACAAAAAAGUCUCUGAUAAUAGUGAAGGGCCUAUAGGUAGCUCCAGUGAUAGUGGAAGUGAUAGUGAUAGUGAAAGUGACAGCAGUGAUAGUGGAAGUGACAGUAGUAGGAGCCGAAGUAGAAGCCCAGCGGGAAGUGGGACGGGAAGUAGCAGUGACAGUGAAAGUGAUGCCUCUACCAACAGCAAGGAGGCAUCCGAUGAGGAUGUGGACAUCAUGACAAGUGACGAUGACAAACAGGCAAAGUAUAAAUUGCAAGCUUCUGGGCUUGUGUCUUCUAGAUCCCCACUUCUGUGGAGGACUUCAGAUGUUGAGCCUGAUCAUAUGGGCAGUGAUGAGAAGCAAGAUGGUCAUGUUUCUGAUGUAAUCGAGAUAGAGAAAGAUAUGCCUGACAAUCAACCUGCUGUGGGUAUGGCUGCUGCUAGCAUUUCAGUUCCUAAUAAAGAAGGUCAAAAACCGGUUGAGCAGACCACACCUUCCUUGUACAAUCAUCAUGAGGAUCAAGAAAGAGAAGACCAUAUGGUGAAGAUACAUAAAGAAACAGGUAAUAUGUCCAGAGACAGAUUUAACCAUGGGCAGUCUGAUAGUUCUGAGAAGGCAUCCAGGGGUAAAUACAAGAGGGUUUCAGAUGAAAAGGAUGUUGAAAAUAAGCCUGACCGCAGUAAGAGAUUUAAGCCUGGGAACUCACAUCAAACAAAAGUCUCUCCAUCUAGGACCACUGCCUUUGAGAACAGUUAUCAAAAUUCAUCUCCUGAUAGGUCUUUUGAAGAACUUCAUAAGGGGCACAAUAAUCAGAUGGCUGACAAAAUUAAGAGAGAUACUAAUAGUGGCUUUGGAUCACAAAAAAGCCACAUUCAUACAAGUUUAGGGAAAUCGACUUCAGAUUCUGUACAGCCGAUUCAAAGAUCUGCUGAUUCCAGUGCACGUGCAAAACCUUCUGCUUCAGUAGAGAGGCCGGGUAAACAUUCCGAGCACUUAGGCCGCAGCAUUAAGCACCCUGAGAGAUUGCAUCCAAUGACUGAAGGUGUUCCAGUUCAGAAAGAUAAACCUAACAGGGAAAUGCAAGACAACUAUGGUUCUAUUAGUUAUAAGGGACCAGGUAAAGUCUCCAAGGAAGAUUUGGGAGAAAAGUAUACAGCUACUUUUGACUCCCGCCAUAGAAAACAUGAAGCAUCUGGAAGUGUGAAGGAUUUUGGAUCAAUUUUGAACUCCAAUCCGGGGUAUCCUCUGAAGGAUGAAAACAUAAGUGCAAGGGACAGAUCUGUUGUAAAUGGACGACCAAAUGCACUUCAAAGAGAGCUCUCAGACUUGGAGCUGGGUGAACUUCGUGAACCAUUGCCUGAGGAAACGCCAGGAUUCAGAAAGCAACUAGAUAGAAAAAGCUCCUUUAAACAAUUAGAGAACAAAUCAUUAAGUUCAGAAAAUGGGAACUUAGAUUCAAGUAAAGCAAAAGUAGGCAGUAAGAUGAAUGCUGACUCUAGGAAAUCUUCUCCUGUACAUACCAAUAUUCCAUUCUUGGGCAGUUCAGAAGGCAUAUCAAAUAGGGGGGUCCAUGAAAACUCUGCUGAAGAUCUUUUGAGACCUAAUCAGAGAGUUGUACAAUCUCAACAGAGGCACCAACCCAGAGUUGAUUAUGCUGAUGCUGGAACCCAGCACAAUGGAGUGGUGGAGUUGAGUGGCAAAAAUAGACAAGGUGAGGUUGGAAGAAGCCUAGAUGCUACCCCAGAAGUUCAGGGAAACAUUCCAAGUAAAGGAUUAGCUUCUGUGUCACAAGAGCAUGAUGCAAAGCAGGGGGCUGUGCCUCCUUCCAGAAAGGAAAAGAGAAGGCAAAAAUCCAGUACAAUCCCUGAUUUAAAUGAUAAGCAAAAGGAUACUUCUCUAACAGGGAGCAGUGAUGGGUGUCAAAAGAGGAGAGAAUCUUCUUCAGAUGAGAAUAGUUGUCCAUAUUCCAAGUAUGAAAAAGAUGAACCAGAGCUUAAGGAACCAAUAAAAGAUGGCUUUCAGUAUAAAGAAUAUGUGGAGGAGUUUCAGGAGAAGUAUGGUAUCUACAUUUCAUUGAACAAGACCGUAGAGUCCUACAGGGAAGAGUUCCUUAAAUAUGGAAGGGAUCUUGAGGCUUCAAAAGACAAGGAUAUGGACAGAUAUCAUGAUGUUGAGCGGCAAAUAAAGGAAUCUUAUCGGCAUUGUGGAGAGAGAUUCAAACGGUUGAAGAAAAUAUUCCUCGUGCUGCAUGAAGAAUUACAGCAUUUGAAGAAAAUGAUUCAUGAAUUCGCUGCUCCAUACUUGAAGGAUUAACAGUCUAGUUUGUAAGGCUGCAUUUUGGAAAUUCUGUUCCUUCCAUUUAUUUGAGGUGGCUUCAACAUUGGUAGACCUGCUUUUCGUGGCUGGAGCUUGUGUUGAUAAUACAUAUAAGAGUGCAUCUGGCUCGGAGUUGCUUCGUGAUAUUAUUCUAGAGAAGCAAAGAGAUUCAUUUAAUAGCAGCCAAUAGAGGUGAAGAUGGAGUUGCAGGGUCACAACAUUGAUGGCCAUGAGGCUGUGGUGAUUAAUCCUGAUCUGACUUGGCUCACCGGUACCAUAAUGCAAGAUGCAUUUCACAGGAUUUUGACACCCCAAGGAAAGGGUGAAUGUAGAUUAUUUAGAGUUUGGAUGUGUACAGGUGUCAUAUGGAAUUUUCUUUUCGGUAAAAAUUUUGUGGACUAUUUAUUUCUUCGUCCUUUUGGUGACAAUUUUUGUGACCUGUUUGGCAACUUUUUGCCGCAGAUUAGCUAGAACCCUCCUUCACCUGACCUGUACAGUUUCUAUCUCUUUUUUUUUUUUUUUUUUUUGACACCUUUAGCCAUGCUUGUUGAAGGUGAAAUUCUUGUAGCGUAAUUAGCUUUUAAAUCUUUAUCCUCGUUAGCUGUAUUUUUCAGUACAA